CAGUGUUAUAUCUACAACAGUCUCCAACUUAUUGAAGGGUUCCCAUGCAUAUGACUCACUCUUUAUAACAAGCUGCAAAAUAAUCGUGUCUAAUGUGAUGGAAUUAUUUUAGAUAUGAUUCAAGAAAGGGCGCCUAUGAUUGGGACUACAACAUGAAACUGAGUGAGAGACGUCAUGGGGAGAGAAUCAACGCGAGAGAGUACAGCAAAUGGAGAGAGACGGGAGUAGCGUUUACCUGGCUCGAAACAGAAAUGUCCGAGAAGAAUUUAACGCUGACCAAUGCCAUAUUCCAGCAUCAAGACCAAAUUCUACAUCAUGGAUUCUUGGGCGACCAGGUUUCAGCGCCAUACAUCGCGUUUGGUUUAGACUGUGAGGAUAAAGAAAUGCUGAAAACGCAAAAUGGCGUUCACUUGAAACGAUCAACCGACAUUAUGUUCAGGAAUCUUUCAAGGAUGUUUUGGGAGAUUGAGCAUCAGACGCCGUACUGUCAUGCCGAUGAGAAAGAUUCGCUGAAUUUGGGAGUGAUGGUUACAGAGUUAACUGAAACUAUCCAUACAUCCACAGAAUUUGAAGAACCAUCACAAAAAAAGAAAAAGGAUGAAGAUUUUUUGAAAAAAGAACCUAAGGAACGCGACAACUACACCUCUCUUCCUUUGCCCAAUUUCAAAGUAACAUUUUUCCCGCCUUCAGCCAUAACCGACCUCCCUCACAAACAAAAGUUCAACAACUUUUUCGACUUGAUUUGGAUUUCGCAAAAUGUGUUGAAAAAAGUUUCAGCCGAUUUGUUUACAAUGGUUAAGAAUGGAGCGAAAGUUCUAGUAGAGAAUAGAAACUAUGUUGUAUCUUUGUAUAAGGAGGAAUUCGCGAAAACACCAGCUGAAAUAGACUCAGUUAUGAAGUUGUGCUCAUGCGCACUAGUAGAACCUUUCGACUUGAACAAAGAUGGUUAUGCUAAGUAUAAAUAUCAAAAUAAAAGUGAUGGUGAUAAGUGCCUGGGAAAUGCUGAAGAACUGCAUGAGAUUCCCGAUGAAAGAGAUGAUGUUUCCAAAAAUAGUAUCGAUCAGAUUGUAAAGAAUGUUGAAAAUGAAGAAAAUUGAGGAUAAUUUAAAACAUGAUUUCAUAUUUAUACAACAAUUAAUAAAAAAAUAGUUUAUAAUAGAGACUUUCUAUCUGCAAUGGGUGGUUGAAUACUGAAAGGAACUGUAUUUUCUACUUGACUAGUUGUAUUGAUAAAAUAACCCAAGGUUUCAAUCAUGUUUUGCUCUUUGCAUCAUCAUCAUCAUCAUCAUCAUCAUCAUCAUCAUCGAGCUUCAAAUAACUGAUGAUACCAUGAACACUGAAACUCAAGUUUUGUGUCAAUAAAACAACUCAAUUAGAAAAUUAGAAGUUGGAAUAGCAUAUUGUAUCAUUUAUCCAAUAUAGUGUAAUAUGAAU